UAUGUAUUAUCCAUCUUCAACUACAUAUACAACAUAAAGUUAUAGAAAGUUCAAAAAAUAAGAGGAUAGAGUUGAAAAUACAAAUGCAAUACAGGAUUACCAUUUAUAAAGAACACUCAAAUAGGUUGAAUAGUUACAAAGAGAUCUAGAAUAAGCUAAGAUGGAAGAAUAAAGUAUUGAUAUCAUUUAUAAAUAGAUAGUUAGAAGUAAAGAAGGUAAGCUGAAGAAAAACUCUAUCACUUUUAAUUAAAAUAUGAUGAUAUGAAUAAAGAAUGUAUGAAUUUAAGAGAAAAAAUUGCAAAAGCAGAAGGAGAUAGACAAGUCAUUAGAGCAUAAGGUGAAGGGGAAGUAAAGGCAUUGAAUGUAUAAAUUAAUUAUUUGGAAAAAUAAAUUUCAGAACUUAAAUUAGAAAAUGAGAAAUUAAAAAGGGAAAAUGAAUAACUACAUUAUCAAGUAUUGGACGCAAAAAAUUUAUCUAAAAAACCAAUAUAAAAUAUACCUUAAAAUACAUAAUAAUAAUAAUAAUAAUAAAGACCUUAAUCAUACUAUUGA